AUGGCGAUGACUCCCACUACGGUAGUCAGAACCAAGACUCGUCCUACUAUAACAGCGACAGUGGCAGCAACAGCGGCAGCUACGAAUGUGAUGACGAACCACAACAACGGCCACCACAUGAGCGAUCGACAAAACAGCGACAGCUAUGGAGAGGGUAAGUACAACAGCGGUGACCACAUGAGCGAUCCACAAACAGCGACAGCUAUGGAGAGGUAA